CCACGGGCCGUUGGAGCCACAGCCGAGCCGCCAGCCGCUUGGAACAAGCUCGCCGCCGCCCCCGGAGCCGCCGAGGCCAGCUGGGCGGCGCUGCCCCGCGGCGGGAGAGGGAGGCUGCGGGAGAGAGGAGGCGGCGGCCGGCCAGCCGGCGGCGCGGCUCGGGACGCACCGUCUCCGCGGCCCGGGAGCCACGCGAGCUCCGCGCCCGCCCGCACGAGCCGCGGCUCGCGCCUCCCUCGGCCUCGGGCCUCUCCGCCCCCACCCCCGCCCCCUGGCCAGGGCCGCGCGGCGGCGGCCCGAGAAGCAGCAUGAAUCUGCGGCUCUGCGUGCGGGCGCUCCUGCUGCUCUGGUUCUCCCUGAGCGCGGUGUGUGGAGGGCCCCUGCUGCAGACUGCUGACGGGAAAGGAAUGGAGGAAGGCACCAUCCGCCACCUGGUGCAGCCCAGAGGGCCGAGGAGUGGCCCAGGGCCCUGGCAGGGAGGCCGGAGGAAAUUCCGCCGCCAGCGGCCGCGCCUCUCCCAUAAGGGCCCCAUGCCUUUCUGAAGCAGGACUGAAGGGGCGGUCGUGCGCCCACCCCCUGUGAGUCUCUCUACUCCUCCGUAGAUCGGCCUGCUUCUCGGGAGUCCUCACAUCCGUUCGCCUCGUCUGGCCCUUGUUCUCCCCCACCAGCCUCCCCGAGUGGAACGCGUGCUCCUGCCCCUACAAGGAUCCGUUCAGCGCCCCUUCCUGACUUGGGAGACCCCACACUGGAAGGCCAUCCUUCUCCCCAGCCCUCCCCCUGCUCUAGUCCCUACCUCUUCUGUCUAAUACCCCAACACCGAACCCUUCUCUGGCUCUUCCUGCCUCAGGUGUGCCCUGAGGGCUGGGUGGAACCCCCCUUCUUCAACGGGCUCCAACAGAGUCCAUGUUUUCACGUCAGCCCUUCCCCUGGCCUCCAGAGGGGUAUAGAGAGCCGAGCAAUGCGGGACCCUAGCGAGAGGGACCAGGGUAUUGGGAUGCAGACAGGGUGCCUUGGGGGGCGUGGGAAUGGGGGCCUGGCGCUCCAGCAAAGGGGGAGUGAAACAUUGGAGAAGAGGAGGAAGAGCUACUGUGGCCUCUUCCUCAUCCCCGUGUUUGGCCCGGUUGAGGAAGAGGUGAAGGAGAGGGGCCAUGAAGUCCUUUAUCACUCCUCUUGCCUUGCGGUGCUGCCUGACAGCCCCGCCCACUCACUCCCCGCUUACCUCCCCCCGCCCCCCCCCCCCCCAGCUAGGUCAAGCUCCAGCUCAGGGCGGGAGGGUAUGGGCCUCAGGUGGCUCUGUACCCUCCCAGGAGCAAAAGCCAAGCAGGACGAUUGGUUUUGCCAAGAAUCACAGACGAUCAGAGCCAAAAGGAACCUUGGAGAUUACUUAGCUCCACCUCCCUAUGCAAACUCCUGCAAAAUAGAGGCCUGGAGAGAGGGUUGGUGACCUGCUCCGUGUCACUGCAGAGGCGGAAUGAGGGCCCAGGUCUCCCAACUCCCACUUGAUGAUGUCCUCUUCCUUCCUGAUGAUGUCUUCCGAACCCAUUAAGUGCCUUUUCCUGGAGUUGGGGCUGGGGGUGGCUAGGAAGGGAGAGGGAGCCGGCUGUGAACUGCCCCGUGGUGGGAUGGAGCCUUCUCCUCCCUGGCCUGCCCCCUCUGGUCCACUCCCCAGCCUGGCCUGGAAAGUUCCCUGACUGGCCAGCUGCCCCCAUUCCUUGCAGCACUCGCAGACCCCGGUUAUAGGGGCAGCUCAGGCACGGAAACUACCAGGAGUCGGGUGGUGGCCUUAACCAAUUGGACUCAGUGGCCUUCCCUUCACGUUGACUGGACCUUCUCUCCCACUGGCCUUUCCUUGGGGAGGCAGGGAGGGAGAAAAAGAAGGAAAGGAGAGAAGGAAAGAAAGAAGUAAGGAAGGGAGGGAGGGAGGGAGAAAGGAAGGAAGGAAAAAUGGGAGGAAGGAAGGAGGGAAGGAUGAGAGGAAGUAUAGAUCUCAGCAGGCUUUCUUCUCAAAGACCUCGUGGGAGGGAGAAAAGGGAAGACGGGAGCCUGAUGGCCACCUAUGUAAGUGUCGGGCAGGGGGAGUCAGGCCCUCCGCCCCCCGUCCCACAGCAACCCCGCCUACCCGCCCCUCCCCCUUCCCUCCGCUGCUGCUAACCCUGCUACUGCUGCUGCUUCAAGGCCCACCCCGGGGAGCCAGGCUGCGCACCCGCUGCCCCCCAGCGCCCCUCAGCCUGCAGUGGGGGCUGGCCAGGGUCCAGGAAGCCUCUUCUGCCACGGAUGCCCUGACCAGGGACUGGGCCUUCUUCUCCCUCCUCCUCUCUGCAUUUCCUGUCGCAUCAGUUGCCCAGCCCCAUGGGGAAGGGGCGGGGAGAGGGACGGCUGGGAAAGUCUGGAGACACAGGGCAGUGGGGGUGCUGAGGGGCUGUCUUAUUUAAAGUGGUUGUGUAUGAUUCUUAUACUAAUUUAUACAAAGUUAUUAAGGCCCUUUUCAAUAAGAAAUCAUCCCCUUCCCCUAAUUGUGUUCACUGUGUUUGUAAAGAUUGUUCAGUGUAAAUAUGUCUUUAUAAUAAAGAGUUAAAAGCUGAAA